AAUAAAAUGAUUUGUGCCAGAUAUGAGUUGACCUCGCAUUUCGCUCGUAGACAGAAUAAAUAACCAAUAUAUUUCCCGGGCUUAUCUCUCACCACCACCCACCUUACCACCGCACGCACUGCAUGCAGCACGUUGUAUCAAUACCGUUAUGUUUUGACCUCAUAUCGGGAGUGAGUGCUACUGCUACCUACACAAUUGCAAAUUGUAUUUUAAUACUUUAUACUAGUACAUAGUGUUCAGCAUGGCAGCGGAGAUGGGUAGGACGAAGAGAGUGGUCGUCGUCGGCGCUGGAAUUAUAGGGCUUUCAUCGGCUGUCAAUAUCAUUGAAACAGUCCCCAAUGUCGAGGUAACAUUGAUUGCAGAGCAUUUUGAGGAGCAUUUGGCAUCAUGCGUAUCUGGUGGCUUAUGGAAUCCCCGGGAAGUCCCCCUCAACGGCACACCCGUGCACGUUCUUCGGAAAUGGGGCAAAGAAACUUGGGAUCAUAGCAUUCCUUUGGCUUUGAGUUCAGAAGCAUCCAAAAUUGGAAUAGAGUUAAUCCCCGGUUACCGUUUGUAUCCAGAGAUGAUCAAAGAAGAAGAGGAGCCAUGGUGGAAGGAUGAUGUUAUAGGAUACAGAAGAGUUCCUCAAAAAGAAAUAAAGAAACUCUUUGCACCGACGUUCAAGGAUGGAUAUUUCUACAUGACAAUGAUAACCAAUUGCCUGAUCUAUCUUCCAUACCUCAUGAAGCGCUUUCUACAAAAGGGUGGGAAAGCCAUUCAGAGGAAGGUUGACAGUUUAGGAGAGUUUGCAGGUGUGUAUGAUGUAGUAGUUAACUGCUCAGGAUUAGGGGCAAAGUUUCUUGCACAAGACGAUGCCCUGGAACCACUGAGGGGUCAGAUCAUACGGGUUCGAGCCCCGAUGCAGCAUUUCUUUGUCCUGUACUCUCUCAAGGACGGGAUGAAAAGAUGGGGGGAUAGAUCAUUCUAUGUGUUUCCAAGGAAUGGACAGGUGGUCCUAGGGGGAACAGUUCAGCAUGGAAGAUGGGAUUCUGAACCAAACCAAGAGGAUGCUAAAUACAUCUUAGAUAAGGCAUCGCAAGUACUACCAAAUCUGAAGGGAAGUGAGGUUGUAAAACAUUUGGUCGGACUGAGACCAUCCCGUUCCAAAGGAGUCAGACUAGGGGCUGAAACUAUGAACUUUGGUGCAUUGAAAAUAGAGGUUGUUCAUAACUAUGGCCACGAAGGCAAUGGAGUCACUCUACACUGGGGAUGCGCCAAGGAAACCACUCGACUCGUCCAGCAGAUACUCGAAAAAUCAUCCACGUUGCAAUCAAGAUUGUAAACAUCAUCAGCCAAGGGUGCUGCAAGAAAUCUUGGCAAUCAAUUGCGAAUUUCUCUUGCAACUAAUUGAUAUCAAUAUUCAUUUUUACUUAGAAGAUGUAAAUGAUUUUUUUGCAUAAAGUGGUAGAAAAAAAAAUGCUUUAACUUAGGUAUGUGAUUGACCCUGAGGCUAAUACAAACUCUACUCUGUUAUAAAUCUGUGUUAAGGCCUGGUCACACCGUCCGAGCGUUGUUGGAGCAGUCGUAGAGCAGUAUGGAGAGAGGGUCGUAUUUCGCUCACAAAAUUGUGGGAAAAAUGGAAAAAAAACCAAUCUAAAUUGAAAAUGGUGAAUGGUAGCGAGCGGU